GGAACCGUCGACGGGAUUGGAUCGGAAAACAGAUUUCGGAAGCGUUUCGUUGUCGUCGUCGUCGCAGUAGUCGCCGCCGUGUUGGGUGGCCGUGCAGAUUCCAACAGCUUUUCGCACAGCCUCGUGUGUGAGGUGAGCUAUCUGCUGUGGAUCCGGGAUCUACCCGUGUUGCCAGCUGUGUGUCGGUGUGUUGGUGCGAUUCAUGAGACCGGUAUUCGCGGAAAGUGCUAAUUUUGUGAUUUGUAUUCCAUUUGAAGGGUCUUCCCCCACCGUAUGGCAGAGCUAGCUCCCGGACACGUGUCUACGUGGUGAAGUCGCGCACAUAGUGUUGAAAACGGAUAUUGUUAGUGAAAACGGCCGGAAAUACGAGUCCGGGGGUUGAAAUCGGGGAUUUCCGGGCGCACGAAGAAUCACCAUCGGAUUCAGCCGGGAUCAGUGUUCGACAAUUAGUGGAUACUGGUGAGCAGCUGAUUCCCGGUUCUCUGUUCUUUGACUGCAGUUGGUUCCAGCAGCUGCUCGACCAGCUCGAAGCAAAUUAUUGAAUUCCACCACUUUAACGGUUUCGGAGUGCUAUUGUGUUUGUUGGGUGCUCAAUUCGCAGCCGGAAGCCGGGAUGAAUCGACGACGAUGAUGAAAUGUAUGUGUUUGUCACUGGUGAUGCCAGGCCAGGCCGAAGUUGUUGAAUGUUGAAGCUGCUGUCGUUGCCAGUGUAGGCGUCAUGCCGUGAAUCUGUGUGUACAUGCCAAGCCAGAGUGUGCAGUGAAAAACACCAGCAGUGUGAAACACGGAAAAGGUUUCGAUUAUUCUGAUUUUAUUGGUGCGAAUGUGUGUGUGUGUGAGUGUUCGGAUUUCGUCAUAAAUGAUUAAUUCCCAGCAGCAGCGUGCUGCACUUGACACUGGUACGACGGGACUACUCUGAGGAUUACCGGAUGGCGCAUCGAGGCGUGCUGGAUUCUCGCUAAAAGACUUCAUCCCAACCGCCGGCAGUGGCCCAAGUGCAAAAUUUGUUCUGACGAUGAAGCUGCAGGCCCGGUCCGGCCGAGAAGAGAUUCAUAAAUACGUGACUUUACGAGCUGAUGCCAACGGCGUGCUUGCCGCGACGACGUGGAUUCGGAGUGAUCUCGUUGAUUGUUGUCCCCAAAGUUGUUGGUCAGCGACACCCUCGUCAACGCGGGAGGAAGACGCCAUGCCGCAGGUCCUCCACCUCCACCGCAGUUGAGCCGCGGGGACACGCCCGCGACGGAUAUUCAAAUUAAAUGGGUGAUGUUCUAUAAAUCAGCCCCCUCUUUAAUACCGCACGACGACGAAUUCCACCGCCGGACACUUUGGAAUGAGUGCUCUCUCAUUGCGGUUUUGCGGAGUGUUGGAAAUAUGAGCGUGCGCGUGCUCAAUUUUUGCCGGGAACGUUAGUUUAAGUAGAAUGUGUUCAACCUUGGGUGCCAGAGAAAUGCUUUGAUGAAGGUGAGGAUACGUCUCACUUUGUACGCUUCCUAACGCUGUGAUAAAUACACCACUGUGAAUCUGAAAACGGAAAAGCACACGUAGUCACACACCGCCGAGAAUAUCCCACCUUGAUCUGAGGCCGAAGUGCUACCAGAAGAAGUUUCACCCGGAAAAACUCUAUCCAAACAACUUAACGAGGUCCCCUUGGGGGCCAAAGCAAGAGUAAACAAUCCACAAAAGUUGUUCCUUUGUACUGCUGCACCUCUAGACACUAGAACGUCGCCGAAAAUGUUCAACCAGCAAAGUUUGGGCGCUCUAAACACGAAUCAGUACAUGUACCGAAGCUAUCCGAACCUGCCCUACCCGCUGCCAGUUUCCGGCCAGCAGCAACAGACCGCCGCCACGUCAUACCCGCUGCACCACUCGAUGACCCUUCCAUGACAUUACGGCCAAAGCCGACAGCAGACUACCAGCAGCAGUAACAUCAACAACAACAACGCCACCACCAACCGACAGAAAAACAAUUGCUACUAUUGCAACAACAACAUCAAUCUCACCUGCACCUGUUUGUCGUCGAGUGCCCUCGGAUACUUUUACUCGACGUCACAAACCCUCAACUCGGCCCCCUCGACCCUCCCCAGGCGAUCCCGGCCCACCAACCACCACUACCUAGCCGGGUGGAAUCCUCCGCAGGUUCCACUGCUCCCACCGUACCCGUUCCAACAGGCCCCACCCGCGACCCACCACCCCGUGGCCACCAAGUCCACGUCGACCUCGACAGACGUUCGCCGGCAGCAGAACCAGGAAUCACAAGUCGACGAAACAAUGCUCGGCAUUAACCACGCGCCCUCCUCCGAUCCGGAUUCCCCUGCCCUAUCGGCGUCCCCUCCACCGGCCCCCGCCCCACGACCCCCACCCGUUCGGAACGGCUGCCAGCGGUGUCGAUUCAAUGCCUCGGUCAACUCCUCACUGAACAGGUCCCACCAGCACCUCACCUCCUCGGAUAGUGCCAACAACACCCUAACGCGAGGGAGCGUCCAUAACAGCAGCCUCCGUGGCGGUGGCGAUGGCCGGAACCACAUUGCCACCAGCACCGGCCAUUUGCAUACUGCCGGGUCCACUGCAUCGAACCAGGUGACGGUGGCUUCAACGGGACAUCACGCACACAACGGAACGUAUCCUGGCGGUGGUGGCGGCAGCUACGACCGGGGCCGACUUAUGGAGGAGGAGGACUCUGCCUAUCCGGCACUGCUGGAACGCGAGCUGCACUCACUGCAUCGGAAUGUUCCGGCGCUGCGACGGGCCGGCGUCGACACGACUGCAAUUAGACAGCACUUCUACCCGGACGGUGGCUGGGGCUGGAUUGUUUGCGGUGUGGCCUUCCUGGCGCAUGUCCUCACGACGGGCUUCCAGCUGAGCUACGGACUGCUGCUGCUAUACGCGAUACGCCACCUGGGCCACGAGGUGAAUACCGAAGCAGGCUGGCUGGGUGCCGCAAGCUGGGCCAUGUCGCUGCUGGCGGCCACCGUCGUGGUGGCGCUGUGCCGCCGCAAGUCAACCCGGCUGACGGCCGUCCUCGGUGGCCUCGUGAUGGCGCUCGGGAUCCUGUUCACCUCGUUCGCGACCCAGCUGCACCAGGUGGCGUUUAGCUACGGAGUGAUUGUGGGCAUCGGGGCCGCGAUGGUCCGGGAGUCGGCCGCCGUGAUGCUGGGCCAUUACUUCAAGCGGCGGAGACAAUUUGUCGAAAUGAUCACGAUGUCGGGCGAAGGUGUCGGCGUGGCACUGUUCUCUGUGAUACUCAAGGAGGGCGUCGGGAAGAUGGGCUGGCGCUUGGGCCUGCAGGCCGUCACCGGGCUGGUUUCGUUCAGCUUCUUCAUGGGACUGCUGUACCGGCCGGCCUCACUCUACCAUCCGCAGCGGCGUGCGAUUCUGCAUCUGAAGAACCAACGGAAGAAGGUGAAGGAAAAGAAGACCCACGUCCGCACGCCGAAGCCCCCGUUCCUGGACUUUAGCCCGCUGAAGCUGCCCUCGGUGCGGAUGCUGUCGAUUUCGGCGGCCGUUGCUGCGUUCGGCAUCUACUCGCCCAUCUUCUUCCUGUCUCUUCACGGAUUUGCCGAAGGAUACGACAUGCAGGACCUGGUCCUGCUCCAGACCUUCCUCGGGCUUUCGAUUGCGCUGGGGAUCGUGUUCAGCGGGUCGUCCAUCAACAAAACGCUGGAGGUGUCCUUCAAGAAGAUCCGAAUAUCUCGUCAAUAUGUUUGCCAGGGCUGUGUUACGUUGGUGUCUCUGUCGCUGCUGGUGCUGUCGGCGGUGGCCGACUACCGGGGCCUGUGCUUCUCGGCGUGGGCCUACGGGCUCGGUCUCGGUGGCUACCGGUACACACUGAAGAUGCUGGCCAUCGAGCGGAUCCGCGGCAAGUACUUCUCCAAGGCUUGGGGCUUCAUCAAGAGUGCGGAAUCACUGCCGGUGCUGUUCGGGGUGCCACUGUGCGCCUUCCUGAACGAUUCUUCCCACCGGUAUGGGCGCGCCGGGUACUACAUCUGUGCAGCCAGUGCUGCCAUCUCGGCGAUUAUUCUGUUCUUCGUGGGCCAUCCGGACGGGAAGAACAUGAAGUAUUCGGCGAAUGGAUCCAUUACAUCACGGUGCACGGCACCGACCUCGUCAAGCGACUGUCAGCAUGUGCUCAACCGAAGCUUCUCGUCGCAGCGUUUUAACAAUCAGUGGUAUCCCAACGCUACCACCACCUCCAACAACACCAACACCCACGCCACCAACCUGUCCAGUAGCGGUGGAGCCGCGGCGGCCUCCACCGCCGGAACGUUCCCCGGUGGACAUCGGGCACAGCACCACCACCACCUGCUGCAGCAGCAGCAUCAACUGCCCCAGCAACGGUGCCUCUCGACUCAAUUCAUGAACGGUGGCCCGGGAAUGUUCCACAGCUCGAUGGCACUAGCCGAUGGGGGAGGAGGUGGCGGAACGACCACCGGUUACAACUAUCACAGUCCGUACUGCCAGAGUAGCGCCAACGGGCGGCUCCACAAGAGCCUUUCGUUUGCCUUCCAGACUCCGAUGAUGGGUAACGACGAGGAGCCACGGGUUCACCACGGGUAUCAUCAGCAUCAGCAGCACCAGCAGCAUCAACAGCAGGGAGCGACCUCUAGUCAUCUGCCCCAGUAUCCGGGCGAAUACCCGCCGAGCAGAUGCUACUCCAGGUGCGAGAUCCACAACCCGACCCCCUCCCACCAGCGUGACUCCCUGCGUCGACCGCCAUCGGCCGCGGCCGGGCCCGGCACCACGUCAUCGCAGUACUUCUGCACCAACGGCCUGCAGCACAACCCAUCCCGCAGCCGCAGCGUGCCCGAGGGCCUCGCCAACGGAGGACACCAGCGGGGUGGCGGUACGGGCGCGGGCGAUUGCCACCACUGGAACCACUGCCACUGGACCACCACCAACGGGGUCAAUUUUUGCCGGCCGACGCGGCCCAUCCAGGUGGUGGAACAGAUCACCACGUCCGUUUGACUAAAGUUUAAGAUCAUGCGCUUUUUCCUCUGCGUUUCGAUUCACCUGCUGGAGGGACUGUUUUCGUAGAUAUGCGUCGCGUUACGAUGACCCUCGCAGGGUAGAACACCGUGGGAGUAAUUCUGUCUCAAUUCUGAGAUAUACUUAAAAGGAGACGACUAUGGAAUUCUCAAAGUCACUUUUUUUGGUUCGAAGAUAUACAUUUUUCCAACAUUUUUCUUCCGAGACAAAAUUUUCCCAAAAUUCCUUUUACAAAUUGUUAAGAAUAGUACCCUACAAGUGCAUUUUUCAAGAGCCAGUUUUAAGAAAAUCAUUAUUUUUCUAUGAAAUCUUAAAAAUUCAACACACGAUGACGAUUUUUUUCAUGAAAUAAUAUUAGUUCUCCCCGAGCAGGGGUAAAUAACACGGGAAUACCAAA